GGCCGGCAAACGUCAGUGCUUCGGAUGCCGCCGGAGAGGUGAGAAAGAAGAAGAAGAAGAAGAAGAGAGAGCCCACGAGCUGCCAAGCAGGAGCCGGGAGCGUGAGAACCUCUCCUGCGCUGCUAGGUGCCGCCUCUGUGUACGUGCUGCAGCCUUGGUGGGAUUGUUGCAUUGGGUAACCAAGGCUGCCAGCGCUUCCCGACAGCCCUGCCAGCUGCAGCAGCUGCAGCUGCAUCAGCUGCAGGAGCCCUGCAGCAGCCUCACCGACCCCCAUCAGAGCAUCCUCCGCAGAGUCCGGGCGAGGGCAUCCCGGAGGAUCGUCCUGCCUGCUCGCCCAGCUCCAGUGGGGCAAAGCCAGCCCUGCAUCCAGCCCUGCAUCCAACCCUGCAUCCAGCCCUCCAGCCAACCCUGCAUCCAACCCUGCAUCCAGCCCUCCAGCCAACCCUGCAUCCAGCCCUGCACCCAGCCCUGCUCCCAGCCCUGCUGGGGAAGAGACUGCUGUGAUCGAGAUGUCUGUCCUCUUCAUAACAGAAGCAACGCUAGCUCGUUAGUAGUGUUGGCUUCACAUGGCGGGCAUCAAUAAGGUAUUGAUUCAUGGCCCUCUGUCUGAGCAGCAGCUGAAGGAUGCUUCCUAGGUGGGCAUAGUUUGGUGUCUUCAUCCCACCAGAAUCUGCUGUUCCAAGGGAGAAUUUUCUGGGUGAAAAGUCCAGACUACUGAAGGAUCAUGGCUACCUCCAGAAUGACAGCUAGGUCCCCUCGAGACAUUGCUAAUGUAAUGCAACGACUGCAAGAUGAACAAGAGAUAGUGCAAAAACGGACUUUCACUAAAUGGAUCAAUUCUCAUCUGGCCAAGCGGAAUCCCCCAAUGAUGGUUGAUGAUUUGUUUGAAGAUAUGAAAGAUGGGAUAAAGCUUCUUGCUCUACUGGAAGUUCUCUCUGGGCAAAAAUUGCCUUAUGAGCAAGGACGCCACAUGAAGCGAAUUCAUUCAGUGGCCAACAUUGGCACAGCCCUAAAAUUCCUGGAAGGAAGGAGGUCCAUGUACAGAGGAUCACCGAUUAAGCUUGUUAACAUCAACUCUACGGACAUUGCUGAUGGUAGACCGUCCAUUGUGCUGGGCUUGAUGUGGACCAUCAUUUUGUAUUUUCAGAUUGAGGAGUUGACAAGCAACCUGCCCCAGCUGCAGUCGUUAUCCAGCAGUACAUCUUCUGUGGACAGUCUAGUCAGCUCAGAGACCAGCAGUCCACCAAAUAAAAGGAAGGUGGGAACCAAAAUCCAAGGAAAUGCUAAGAAGGCUUUACUGAAAUGGGUUCAGCACACAGCAGCAAAGCAGGCUGGAAUUGAAGUAAAAGAUUUUGGCCGGAGCUGGAGAAGUGGUGUUGCUUUUCAUUCAGUUAUCCAUGCUAUUCGACCAGAAUUGGUGGACUUGGAGAAAGUCAAAAGAAGAUCUAAUAGGGAAAAUCUAGAAGAAGCAUUUACUAUUGCUGAAGUGGAGUUAGGCAUUCCAAGACUCCUUGAUGCUGAAGAUGUGGAUGUGGACAAACCAGACGAAAAAUCUGUUAUGACCUAUGUCGCACAGUUCUUGAAGCAUUAUCCCGAUCCUCAUAAUACAGCAAUGGAUGGACAAGAAAAUGAUAGGGAAGACCGACUUAUGCUGAGGGAUCUGAAGGUCUGGGUGGAACAAUUUGAAAGAGACUUGACAAGAGCGCAGGUGGUUGAAACAAGUUUCCGGGACAGAUACCAGGCAUUUAAACACUUUAGAGUCCAGUAUGAAGUGAAGAGGAAACAGAUUGAACUUGCAAUACAGCCAUUACGUAAAGAUGGUAAAUUGUCUCUUGAUCAAGCUAUGGUGAAGCAGGCGUGGGAUAGAGUUACCUCAAGACUCUUUGACUGGCACAUACAGCUUGAUAAAUCUCUUCCUGUGCCGUUGGGGACUAUUGGAACCUGGCUUUAUCGAACAGAGAUUGCCCUUAGAGAAGAUAUAGUCAUUCAGCAGGUCCAUGAGGAAACUGCAAACACAAUACAUCGCAAGCUCGAACAGCAUAAGGAUCUGCUUAAACACGUAGAUGGCCACAAAAAGGUAUUCCAGGAGAUCUACCGGACUCGGUCUGUUAAUGGAGUCCCCAUUCCACCUGAGCAGCUAGAGGACAUGGCUGAGAGGUUCAAUAUUGUUUCGUCUACAUCUGAAUUGCACCUAAAGAAAAUGGAGUUUCUCGAAUUAAAGUACCGUCUGCUCUCCCUGUUAGUGCUUGCAGAGUCAAAGUUAAAAUCCUGGAUCAUUAAGUAUGGAAGAAGAGAGUCUGUGGAGCUACUUUUACAAAAUUACAUUUCUUUUAUAGAAAAUAGCAAAUUCUUUGAGCAGUAUGAAGUAACGUACCAGAUCUUGAAACGGGCAGCUGACAUGUAUGUCAAAGCAGAUGGCUCAGUGGAAGAAGCAGAGAACGUGAUGAAGUUUAUGAAUGAAACUACUGCGCAGUGGAGGAACCUGUCAGUAGAAGUAAGAAGUGUAAGGAGCAUGUUGGAAGAAGUCAUUUCUAACUGGGACAGGUAUAGCAGUAUUGUAGCCAGUCUGCAAGCGUGGCUAGAGGAUGCUGAAAAAAUGUUAAAUCAAUCAGAAUAUGCCAGAAAGGAUUUUUUCCGAAAUUUGCCUCAUUGGAUUCAGCAGCACACAGCUAUGAAUGAUGCCGGUAAUUUUCUUAUUGAAACCUGUGAUGAGACUGUAUCCCGUGACCUGAAACAGCAGUUACUUUUGCUAAAUGGGAGAUGGAGAGAGCUGUUUAUGGAAGUUAAGCAAUAUGCUCGUGCAGAUGAGGUGGAGCGAAUGAAGAAAGAGUAUCUAGAUCAUGUUACCACCUUGUCAAUUUACACUGCUGGUGCCAUUGGGAAACUUUCUGAAUUUUUAGAAAUAUCUUCUCUGAAUGUCAGAAUUUUUAUCCAAGAUUUGGAGGAUAUCAAACAGAGAGUGCCUGUGAUGGAAGCACAAUAUAAAAAGAUCACCAAGACUGCACAGAUCAUCACAAAGGAAAGCCCUCAAGAAGAAGUCAAUGAAAUGCUUGCAACUCUAUCAGGAAUCAAAGAUCAGCUAAAUAAGGUCAAAGAAUAUUAUCCUCCACUACUCUAUGAAUCUCAACAAUUGCUGAUUCCACUAGAAGACUUAGAAAAGCAGAUUACAUCGUUCUAUGAGUCGCUUGAAAAGAUCAAUGAGAUAAUUUCACUCUUAGAUCAUGAAGCACAGUCUACAGUCAUUUUUAAGCAAAAAUACCAGGAACUGUCAACUUGUCAAGAGAAGUGCAAGGUAACCUUGACACUCAUUGAAGAAGGUAGUCAAACCAUCCAAAGAUUUGUGGCUCUGAGCAAAGUGAUAAAGCAUUUUGAUCAGACAGCACUUCAGAGGAAGGUUGCAGAAGUCCAUGUUGCUUUUCAGAAUAUGACAAAGAAAACCACUGAUUGGAGAAAGAAUGUAGAAACAAAUAGUCGCCUGAUGAACAAAUUUGAAGAGUCCAGGUCAGAACUGGAGAAGGUACUUCAGAAUGCUCAGUCUUGCAUAAAUGAGAAAGGAAAUCCUGAAGCACUUCUAAAGAAACAUACCGAAUUUUUCAGUCAGCUGGAUCAGAGGGUGCUUAAUGCCUUCCUGAAAGCCUGUGAUGAACUCACUGACAUCCUCCCUGAGCAAGAACAACAAAGUCUGCAGGAAGCUGUUAGAAAACUCCAUAAACAGUGGAAGGAUCUCCAAGCGGAAGCCCCAUAUCAUUUACUUCACUUGAAGGUAGAAGUGGAGACAAACAGAUUCCAAGCUACAGUGGAAGAAUGCAGAGCAGAACUGGCAAGAGAGACCAAGCUUCUGCUCCAGGAAAGCAGUGAAAGGAUCAUCAAGGAGCACAGGGUUUUCUUCAGUGAAAAUGGACCCCAGCAUCUCUGUGAGAAAAGAUUACAGUUAAUUGAAGAACUGUGUCUCAAGCUUCCAGAACGGGACCCAGGGAGGACAGCACCAGAAAGUUGUCGAAAAACUCUCCGAAAUCUUAAAGCCCAGAUAGACAAGACUUCGGCGAAAUUAAUGGAGCACCCAGAUAAAUGGAAGGACUACAAGAUUAGAUUUUUGGAUUUAUCUUCUUGGAUAUCAUCAAAAGAGCAGCAGUUAAAACAGAUUAAACGUGAAGCCAAGGAUACUACCAAAUAUGGAGAUAUUAAGCCUGCUGCAGAGGGAAUAAGAGAUGAGGUCAGCAAACAGGGAGAGUGUCUCAGUUGGCUAAAAUCCAGACUUAAAUUUCUGACGGAGGUUUCGACAGCAAUGGAAGCAGAGAAGCAAGCCGAUGAGCUUUCUAAAGUAUCCAGUGACUUCAAGAAACUCGUAACUUUACUGGCAGAGGUUGAAAAGAUGUUAAGCAGCCUUGGAGAUUGUGUCCAGUACAAGGAAAUAGUAAAAUACUCCCUUGAGGAGUUAAUUUCCAGUUCCAAAAAAGUCCAGGAGCAAGCUGAAGCAAUCUUGGAUUCUGAAAAUUUAUUCGAAGCCCAGCAAUUGCUUCUGCAUCAUCAGCAAAAGACAAAGAUGAUCCAAGCAAAGAAGAAAGAUGUACAACAACAACUUGCCAGAGCUCAGGGUGAGGGUGAAAUGCCUAGGAGAGUCCAAGAGGAAUUAAAGAAGCUGGAGGGUACAAUGGAUCAUAUGGAGCAGACCACAGAAAGACAGGAACGCCGGCUUCAAGUCACAAUAAGAAAAUGGGAACGCUUUGAAGCAAACAAAGAAACAGUGGUCAGAUAUCUUUUUCAAACAGGCUCCCAUCAUGAACGGUUCCUGAGUUUUAGCAGCUUGGAGAGCCUGUCCUCUGAACUGGAUCAGACUAAGGAAUUUUCGAAACGGACAGAAGCAGUUGCAGUUCAAGCUCAGAAUCUUGUGAAGGAAGCCUCGGAGAUUCAACUUGGCUGUAAAAAUAAGGAAGUCCUUCAACAGCAGGCCACGUCAAUCCAGGAACAAGUUAAAAAGUUGGAAGAUACGCUUGAAGAAGAUAUUAAAACCAUGGAAAUGGUGAAAAAGAAAUGGGAAAAUUUUGGCAAUAAUUUUGAGUCCCUGUCCGUCUGGAUAACUGAAAAAGAAAAAGAGCUGGAUGGCCUGGAAACUUCAUCAUCUCCCCUGGAUAUGCAAAUCAGUCAAAUUAAGGGUAUAAUUAAAGACAUAAAUGAUAGAACCAGUGGAAUUCCAGAUCUAGAAGAGGCAACACAAUCUUUUGCCCAGUAUAUCACCACUGGAGAAUCCGCUCGCAUUAAAGCCAAGUUGACACAAAUAAGAAGAUAUUGGGAAGAGCUCAGAGAGCAUGGACAGUGUCUAGAAGGAAUGAUAUUGGGAAAUGCUUCACAACAGCAAAAGUUUGAUGAAAGCUUGACAAAGAUCCAGCAAUGUCUGUCUGAAUUUGACGCUAAACUGGAAGAGCCAGUUAUCAUAUGUUCUUCAGCCACAGAAACCUACAAGGUCCUCCAAGAGCACAUGGAUCUCUGUCAGGCUCUGGCAUCAAUGAACAACACAAUUACCUCUUUCUCAGCUAGUGCCCGUAAAGUCAUCAACAAAGACACAGCUUUUCAGGAGGCCACAAAUCUCCAACAGAGAUACGAGAGAACAAUUGGUAAAGCUAAGGAGAGACAAACUAUGCUAGAAAAUCUCCUGCUGCACUGGCAGAGGCUGGAGAAGGAGCUGUCUACUUUUCUGACCUGGUUAGAGAGGUGUGAAGCUUCAGCCAGUUCACCAGAAAAGGAUAUUUCUGCUGACAGAGUCAAACUGGAAGGGGAACUUCAGUUAGUUCAGACACUGCAAGAUGAAGUGGUAGGCCAUGCUUCACUGUACAGUAGCCUACUGCAAAUGAAAGAAUCUCUAUUCUCAGUGGCUUCCAAAGAUGAUGUGAAAGUCAUUAAACUGCAGAUGGAGCAACUCGAGGAGAGAUGGAGAGUUUUGCCACAAAUAAUUAGCAAGAGGAUUAGUUUUCUUCAGUCUGUGGUUGCUGAACACCAGCAAUUUGAUGAACUGCUACUCCAUUUUUCUGUUUGGAUUAAGCAGUUCCUUGCUGAAUUACACAGCUCUUCAGAGAUAAAUAUUGUGGAUCAUCAAGCUACUCUAGUUCGCUGCAAGGAUCAUUCAGUGGAAGUGGAAGGCAAGAAAGAAGAGAUGCUUUGUUUGAAAGGUCACUUGGGAAAGUUAUGUUCCUUUAGCAGAGGAGAAGAUCACCACAUUCUCCAAAGCAAAACGGAAGACUGCUUUCAACUCUUUCAAGAGGCUUGUCAGAUCACUGAGAGGAGGCAACUUGCAUUGACCCAGAUUGGGAAUUUCCUGCAGCUCCAUGCUUCAUUAUCAGGUGUUCUCCAAAGGCUGAGACAGACAGUAGAAGCAACUAGCAGUAUGGAUAAGGCACAGUCAGAUUUAUUGAAGAAGGACUUAAAUGCUGCUAUUCAGGACACUAAAAAAUUAGAAUCUACUGCAAUUGGUUUGGAUGGGGUUCUUUCUAAAGCCCAGUACCAUCUUAAAAGCAGCACCUCUGAGCAAAGGACAUCCUGCAGAGCAACAGCUGACCAACUCAGUUUACAAUUAGAAGCAAUCCAAAAUCUGCUAGGAACCAAGCAGGGUGAGGCAGAAGCCCUUGGACUACUAAAAAAGGCUUUUAUGGACCACAAAGAAGAGCUACUGAAGUGCAUUGAGGAUAUUGAAGAAAGGACUGAUAAAGAAAGGUUGAAAGAACCAACACGCCAAGCUCUUCAGCAAAGGUUAAGAGCCUUUAAUCAAUUGGAAGAUGAGUUGAAUUCUCAUGAGCAUGAGCUAUCGUGGUUGAAGGACAAAGCUAAACAAAUAGCCCAGAAAGAUAUAUCUUUGGCCCCUGAAAUUGACAGAGAGAUAAAUCGUUUGGAAGUCACCUGGGAUGAUACCAAGACACUGAUUCAUGAAAAUCAAGGACAGUGUUGUGGACUCAUUGAUCUAAUGAGAGAAUAUCAGAGCUUGAAGUCAGCAGUAUCUAAGGUCCUGGAGAAUGCCAGCAAUGUGACUGUGAUCAGACCCACUGUAAAGGAUCAGGAGGACAUUAGAUGGACAAUAUCAAAGCAUGAAAUGGCCAAGAAUGAGAUGAAUGAGAAGCAGAAGGAUCUCAAUGACUUCACAAGUAAAGGAAAACGCUUGUUAUCUGAGCUGAAAAGAAUUCGCAGCAGUGAUGUCCUCCUGGUGAAAACAGAUAUGGACAGUACUGUGGACAAAUGGCUUGAUGUAUCAGAAAAGAUUGAAGAAAACGUGGAUAGAUUAAGUGUAAGCCUGUCCAUAUGGGAAGAUGUGCUUACAGCUAGAGAUGAAAUAGAUGGAUGGACCAACAACUCUAUUCCACAGUUGAAUGAGAGUAUUAGUAACCUCAAUAGCAGCAUCAAAACAGAAACAUUCCUUAAAGAAUUUGAGUCUGAAGUUAAAAACAAAGGACUGAAAUUAGAAGAACUUCAUUCGAAAGUUUUAGACCUUAAAGAAUUAACCAAGAAUCCAGAAACACCAGCAGAUCUUCAGUUUAUAGAAGCAGAUUUAAGGCAGAAACUGGAGCAUGCCAAAGAAAUGUCUGAAAUAGCCAAAGGAACCCUGAAAGAUUUCAGUGCACAGACAACACAAUUAGAAAAGUGUAUUCAUGACACAACAGCCUGGCUGACAAAAAUGGAAGACACACUGUUGUGUUGUGCGCAAACUCCAAAUUGUGAAAGCUUGAAAAAAAUGAGAGAAAUACAGAAAGAGCUCCAAAUUCAACAGAGCAGCAUCGAUUCAGCGCAGGAAACACUCAACGGCUUGUGCCGCAAGUACCACUCAGUGGAGUUGGAGAGUCUGGGAGCCACAAUGACAGAGCUGGUAAAGAAGUUCGAAACUGUAAGCCAGCUGGGUUCCAAAACCCAGGCCAGCCUGCAGGACACUCUGGAUCGGCGAUUCAAUGCAUCUAUGCAAGAAUUCCAGGAGUGGUUUUCUGGUAUUAAAGCAGCAGUUAGAGAGUCAUCGGAUAGAUCUGGGGACAGCAAAGCCAUAGAAGCCAAGCUCCAUGACCUUCAGAGGAUUCUUGAUUCGAUCAAUGAGGGGCAGAAUAAACUUGAUACUGUCACCCAAGAAGGGCAAAAAUUGUUUGCGUAUUUACCCAAACAAAUUGUGAGUACUAUUCAGGAACAGAUAACCACAGCCAAUGAAGAGUUUCAAGCAUUUCUGAAACAGUGCCUCAAAGACAAACAGGCUCUUCAGGAUUGUGCCUCGGAGCUUGGAAGCUUUGAAGAUCAGCAUAAGAAACUGAGUUUGUGGAUUCAUGAAAUGGAAGAAAGAUUAAGCACAGAAUCUUUGGGGGAGAACAAACAGCACAUUCCUGAGAAGAAAAAUGAAUUCCAUAAAGUUGAAAUGUUUCUGGGGGAACUUCUAGCUGCAAGAGAAUCCCUUGAUAAGCUUUCUCAGCGAGGGCAGAUUUUAAGUGAAGAAGGCCAUGGUGCAGGGAAAGAAGUACGCCUAGCUGCCCAACUCCUUACUGGAUAUCAAAACUUAGUCAAAAUCACAAAGGAGAAACUCCGAUCAUGCCAGAAUGCUCUCCAGGAGCAUCAAGCUUUAGAAGCUGCUUUGCAGAGCAUGUGGUCCUGGAUAAAAGAUAUUCAAGAGAAGCUGGCCUCUGCUGAGAGCAUGGUAGGCAGCAAAGCUACCCUGGAGAAGAGACUAUUUCAAAUUCAGGAGAUCAUCUUAAUGAAAGGUGAAGGGGAUGUUAAGUUGAAUAUGGCUAUUGGCAAAGGGGAGCAGGCUCUGAGAAGCAGCAACAGAGAAGGUCAGAAGGUGAUUCAAGCCCAGCUCCAGACACUGCGAGAUGUAUGGGCCAAUAUCACAAGUUCAUCUACCCAUGCUCAGAGCUGUUUGGAGUCUGUGAUUAGCCAAUGGAAUGACCAUCUGGAAAGGAAAAGCCAGCUGGAGCAGUGGAUGGAAUCAAUCGAUCGCAGAGUGGCAGAGCCCAUACAGAGGAAAGCAAGCCUAAAAGAGAAGUUUUCCCAGUUAGACUACUGCCAGGCCAUUGUAUCCGAGGCUGAGGAACACACAGGGGCUCUUCAUCGACUCACAGAAAAGUCCAAGGAGCUCUACGAGAAGACAGAGGAUGAUUCAUUCAAGGAAGCUAUUCAAGAGGAACUCAAAACUCAAUUUAAUGACAUCACAACCAUUGCCAAGGAGAAAAUGAGAAAGGUAGAAGAGAUCGUGAAGGACCACCUGAUGUACCUGGAUGCAGUUCAUGAAUAUACAGAUUGGCUCCACUCAGCAAAGGAAGAACUUCAACGCUGGUCAGAUGUGUCUGGAGAUUCAUGUGCUACCCAGAGAAAAUUAUCCAAAAUUAAGGAGUUGAUAGAUUCCAGACAGAUUGGUGCGAGCCGCCUAAACAGAGUAGAGUCUCUGGCUCCGACAGUGAAACAGAACACAACUGCCAGCGGGUGCGAACUCCUAGACACAGAGAUGCAGGCCCUUCAGUCCGACUGGAAGCAUUGGGAAGACAGCGUAUUCCAAACUCAGAGCUGCUUGGAGGAGCUUGUCAGCCAAAUGGCCCUUUCAGAGCAGGAGUUCUCAGCCCAAGUGGCUCAGUUGGAAAAGGCCCUGCAGGAUUUUAGUGCUCUUCUGGAAACCUGGUCCCAGCAACUAACCCUUCUGGAAGGCAAAAACACUGACAAUGAAAUAGUGGAAUGUUGGCACCAAGAAAAAGACAUACUGGAGGCUCUGAGGAAAGCAGAACCCAUGACUGAUGAGCUCAAGGCUCAUUUAAAUGAUCUUUGUAGAUUUUCCAGAGACCUGAGUCCAUACAGUACAAAGGUUUCUGGAUUAAUUAAAGAAUAUAAUAGUCUUUGUUUACAAGCCUCCAAGAGAUGUCAGAAUAAGGAACAGACCCUGCAGCAAAGAUUUCGGAAAGCCCUCAGAGACUUCCAACAGUGGGUGAUCAAUGCCAAAAUCACCACAGCCAAAUGUUUUGAUUUACCUCAAAGUAUAAAUGAAGCAUCAGCAAGUCUGCAGAAAAUACAGGAAUUUUUAUCUGAAAGUGAAAACGGUCAACACAAACUAAACAUGGUGGUGUCUAAAGGAGAGAUGCUGAAUGGUCUUCUUUCAGAAGAGAAGGCUAAAGAUGUCCAGACCAAAGUUGACAGGGCAAAAGAAGACUGGAAAAAUUUCCACUCUCAUCUCCACCAAAAAGAAUCUACUCUGGAGAAUUUAAAGAUUCAGAUGAAAGAUUUUGAAGUAACAGCUGAGCCUUUGCAGGAUUGGCUGAACAAAACAGAGAAGAUGGUACGGGACAGUAGCAGUAGGCUCCAUGACCUACCUGGAAAGAGGAGAGAACAGCAGAAACUUCAGUCUGUUCUUGAAGAAAUAAACUGCCACGAGCCUCAGCUCCACAGGCUAAAAGAAAAAGCUCAGCAGCUGUGGGAAGGACAAGCUGCCAGCAAAAGCUUUAUGCACAGAGUGUCUCAGCUGUCUUCUCAGUACCUAGCGCUAAGCAAUUUAACUAAGGAGAAAGUUUCAAGACUCGAUAGAGUUGUUGCAGAGCACACUCAGUUUUCUGUUGGUAUUAAAGAAUUACAAGACUGGAUGGCUGAUGCAAUCCAUAUGCUGGAAUCAUACUGUCAUCCCACUUCUGACAAAAGUGUUCUAGACAGCCGAAUGCUAAAGCUGGAGGCUCUCCUCUCAGUGAAGCAGGAAAAAGAGAUCCAGAUGAGAAUGGUGCUGACAAGAGGAGAAUUGGUCCUGCAAAACACCUCUCCAGAAGGGGUCCCCACCAUUCAGGGGCAGCUACAAGCUGUUAAAGAUAUGUGGGCUGCUCUUUUGACCACGGGCAUUCGCUGUAAAAGUCAGCUGGAAGGAGCUCUUUCCAAGUGGACAAGUUACCAAGAUGAUGUCCGACAGUUUUCCAAUUGGAUGGACAGUGUUGAAGCAAGUAUCACUGCUUGUGAGCGGCAAUGUGCAGAACUCCGGGAUAAAACUACAGCCCUUGGAAAAGUGAAGUUAUUGAGUGAGGAAGUGUUAAGUCACGACAAUCUGCUAGAGACCAUUGAAAUGAAAGGUGUUGGCAUGACAGAACAUUAUGUAACCCAGUUAGAACUUCAAGAUCUCCAAGAGCGGUACAGUGCUAUUAAAGACAGGACGAAGGAAGCAGUAACCAAGUCUGAGCGAAUCGUUCGUCUUCAUCAAGAGUACCAAAACGAUCUAAAGGUCUUUGAAGUGUGGCUGCAGCAAGAGCAGGAAAAACUUGACCGUUUUUCUCUUCUCGAAGGUGACGCUCAGACUCAUGACACAGCACUUCGGGAGCUACAGGAGUUGCAGGUGCGCUGUGCAGAGGGACAGGCAUUACUGAACACAGUCCUGCAUACAAGAGAAGAAGUGCUACCCUGGGGCAUUCCUCAAGUUGAGGAUCGGAUCUUAGAGUCCGUUAGACAGGACUGGCACACUUACCAACAGAGGCUCUCUGAGAUCCGAACUCAAUUCAACAGCACAGUGAACAAACUGAGGGUGAUGGAGCAAAAGUUUCAGCAAGUUGAUGAAUGGCUGAAGACAAUGGAGGAUAAAGGCUCUAUCAGGGCUGGGCGGCAGUCAAAUAGAGCAACCAAGGAGAUGCAGCUACAGCAAAUGAAGAAAUGGCAUGAAGAAAUCACGUCCUACAAAGAUGAGGUUGAGGAAGUUGGAACACGAGCUCAGGAGUUAUUAGAGGAGAGUCACGUUAGCAGCAGAAUGGGGUGUCAAGCUACCCAGUUAACUUCUCGCUACCAAACCCUAAUUCUUCAUGUCUUGGAGCAAAUCAAGUUCCUGGAAGAAGAAAUCCAGAGUUUGGAGGAAUCUGAACAGGCCUUCACUUCUUAUGUUGAGUGGUAUGGAUCCACUCACAAGAAUUUCAAAAAUGUGUCUUCUGAAAUUGAUAAAGUGGAUAAAAUCAUGAUGGGGAAAAAAAUGAAAACGUUAGAGUUGCUUUUGAGUGACAUGGAGAAAGGUCACAGCUUACUUAAGUCUGCUCGGGAGAAGGGUGAGAGAGCUGUCAAGUAUCUGGAGGAUGGUGAAAGAGAAAAACUGAAGAGCGAGCUCCAUGUUCACAUGGAGCAACUGGAAGAGCUGGCCAGCACUGUCCGGAGGGAGCAUACGAUUUUGGAGAAAUGUCUUCAUCUAGCAAAGGAAUUCUCAGAUAAAUAUAAAGUUCAAACUCAGUGGUUAGCAGAAUACCAAGCAAUACUGCAGACUCCAGAGGAGCCCAAAACUGAGUUGUAUGAGAAAAAAGCCCAGUUAUCCAAAUAUAAGUCAAUACAACAGAUGGUGCUGUCACAUGAACCUUCAGUAAAAUCAGUGAAUGAGAAAGGAGAAGCCCUUCUGGAGAUGGUGCAUGAUGCUACCCUACGGGACAAAAUUCAGAAGCUUCAGACUGAUUAUCAGGAACUGUGCAAUGCUGGAAAGGAACAUGUUUCUAGCCUGGAGCUAAAAGUAAAAGAACAUGAGGAUUACAACAGUGAACUGCAGGAAGUGGAAAAAUGGCUUUUGCAGAUGUCGGGCAGGUUGGUCACCCCAGACCUCAUGGAGAUCAGCAGCUUAGAGACAAUUACACAGCAAUUGGCCAAUCACAAGGCAAUGAUGGAAGAUAUUGCUGGGUUUGAAGAUCGUUUGGAUAGCCUUAAAAAUAAAGGAGACUGUUUGAUCAACCAGUGUGCUGAUCAUCUUCAAGCUAAACUUAAACAAAAUGUGCAAGCACACCUCCAGGGGAUCAAGGAUAGUUACUCAGCAAUCUGCAGCACAGCUCAGAGGGUAUAUCAGAGUUUGGAGCAUGAACUCCAGAAGCACGUCAGCCGGCAAGAUACGCUACAACAGUGCCAGGCAUGGCUUUCUGCAGUUCAGCCAGAUAUAAAACCAAACCCUCAGCCACCUUUUUGCCGAGCAGAUGCAGCUAAGCAGGUCAAACAAUUCCGAGCUCUACAGGAACAGGCGAGAACCUAUUUAGAUCUUUUAUGCUCAAUGUGUGAUUUGUCCAAUCCUGAAGUGAAGACUACAGCAAAAAGCAUUCAACAAACAAAGCAAAUGAUUGAACAAGAGAUAAAUCGCUCACAGAAUUUGAAUCAAGGCUGGGAGGAGAUUAAACAAAUGAAGACAGAACUCUGGAUAUAUUUCCAGGAUGCAGAUCAGCAGCUACAGAAUAUGAAACGAAGGCAGGCAGAACUGGAGCUAAACAUCGCACAGAACAUUGUUUCCCAAGUCAAAGAAUUUGUUCAAAAGCUGCAGUCCAAGCAAACAUCUGUCACAGCUGUCACUGAAAAGGUGAACAAGCUGACUCAAGGACAGGAGUCCCCUGAGCACAGUGAAAUAGGUCAUUUAAGAAACCAGUGGAUGGACCUAUGCCUACAGACUAAUAGUUUGCUCUUACAAAGAGAGGAAGAUCUUCAGAGGACAAGGGAUUACCACGAUUGCUUGAAUGUCGUGGAAGUCUUCUUAGAAAAAUUUACCAAGGAAUGGGACAACUUGGCCAGGUCAGAUGCUGACAGUACAACUGUGCAUCUUGAGGCUUUGAAAAAAUUGGCAGAGGCCCUGGAAGAAAAAAGGUAUGCAAUUGGAGACUUGAAAGACCAGAAGCAGAAAAUGAUGGAUCACUUGAAUCUGGAUGAUAAAGAACUAGUCAAGGAACAGACUAGGCAUUUUGAGCAGCGAUGGUUUCAGCUGGAAGACCUCAUCAAAAAGAAAAUCCAAGUGUCCGUCACCACGUUGGAAGAGUUAAAUUUGGUCCAGUCCAGAUUUCAAGAUUUAAUGGAGUGGGCAGAAGAACAACAGCCUAGUAUUUCUGAGGCCCUCCAACAUAGCCCUCCUCCAGAUUUAGCCCAAAAUCUUCUCAUGGAUCAUCUUGCCAUUUGCAGCGAACUGGAGACAAAACAGAUGCAUCUAAAGUCUCUCAUCAAGGAUGCUGAUAGGGUCAUGGCUGACCUGGGCCUUAAUGAAAGACAGUUGAUCCAGAAGGUACUCUCUGAUGCUCAAAGUCACAUGCAUAGCCUCACCAACUUAGUAGACCAGAAGAGAAAAUUCUUAAAUAAAGCUGUAUCUGAGAAGACUCAGUUUCUCAUAGCAGUGUUUCAGGCUACCAGUCAAAUUCAGCAGCAUGAGAGAAAGAUAACAUUCCACGAACACAUCUGCCUGCUACCAGAUGAUGUGGGUAAACAGGUUAAAACUUGUAAAAGUACCCAAGCCAGUUUAAAGACCUAUCAGAAUGAAAUUACUGGACUUUGGGCUCAAGGGCGAGAGUUAAUGAAAGAAGCAACAGAGCAAGAGAAGUACGAAGUGCUAAGCAAGCUGCAGGAACUCCAGAGUGUCUAUGACACGGUUUUGCAAAAAUGCAGCCAACGACUGCAAGAACUGGAGAAAAAUAUGGUUUCCAGGAAGUAUUUUAAAGAAGAUUUUGAUAAAAUGUGCCACUGGUUGAAGCAAGCAGAUAUUGUUACUUUUCCUGAAAUUAACUUAAUGAAUGGCAAUAAUGGGCUUUACUCCCAGCUGGCAAAGUACCAGCAGAUUCUUGAACAGUCUCCUGAGUACGAAAACCUUCUCCUGACACUGCAGAGAAGUGGUCAGGAGAUCCUACCAACACUCAACGAAGUGGACCAUCCCUACCUUGAAGAAAAGCUGAGUUCCCUUCCCCAACAAUUCAGUGUUGUUGUUGCGCUAGCUAAAGACAAGUUCUACAAGGUUCAGGAAGCAAUUCUUGCUCGGAAAGAAUAUGCUUCUCUGAUUGUUCUGACGAUCCAGGCUCUGAGUGAGCUUGAGGAUCAGUUUCUGACCAUGGAUAAAGCCCCCAAAAGCUUGUUAGCUGAGGAGGCCUUUACACUUCAGGAGGGGUGCAAAGCUCUUCUUGGAGAAGCCUUGAGCCUGGGGGCAGCAGUCGAUGAACUCAACCAAAAGAAAGAGGGUUUCCGCAGCACGGGCCAACCAUGGGAGCCAGAAGAGAUGCUUCAGCUGGUUACCCUGUAUCACAAGCUGAAAAGACAAGUAGAACAGCGAUUGAGUUUGUUAGAAGACACCACCACUGCAUGCCAGAAGUACGAGGAUUUGUGUCAACAACUGAAGAAACAACUGGAGUCUGUGAGGAAAGAGCAGAUUCAAGUGAAUGAGGAGACAUUACCUGUGGAGGAGAAGCUGAAAGCGUAUCAUGCCCUGGCGGGUAGCCUGCAAGAUUCAGGAAUUCUCCUGAAGCAAGUGAAUGAACAUCUUGAAGACCUUUCUCCACACCUUGACCCUGAAGUCUAUGAAGCGGCAAGCCACCAGGUCCAGCUGUGGCAAGAGGAGCUGAAGUCAUUGACUGCUACUAUUGGGGAAACGGUAAUGGAGUGUGAAAACCGGCUGGUUCAAAGCAUAGACUUCCAGACAGAAAUCUGCCGCUCCCUUGAUUGGCUGAGACGGGUGAAAGCAGAACUGAGUGGAACACUGAGCUUGGAUCUAAAACUUCAGAAUAUUCAAGAAGAGAUCCGAAAGGUCCAGAUACAUCAAGAAGAAGUGCAAUCCAGCCUGCGAAUAAUGAAUGCCUUGAGCAGCAAAGAAAAGGAAAAGUUCAUGAAAGCAAAGGAACUGAUUUCUGCUGAUUUGGAAAAUACACUCGCUGAGCUCUCAGAACUGGAUGCUGAAGUUCAGGAGGCCAUUCGCAUUAGACAGGCCACAUUGACUGAAACCUAUAGUCUGUGCCAGAAAUACUAUCAGGUUAUCCAGGCUGGUAGCGACUGGCUUGAGGAUGCCCAGGAGUUGUUACAGCUGGCAGGCAACGGCCUGGAUGUAGAGAGCUCCGAAGAGAAUCUUAAAAAUCACGUGGAAUUUUUCAACACAAAACCACAGUUCCAUGGUUUCCUGGAAGAGUUACAGGAUCUGAUGUCCAAACUGGAACCUUUCAUCAAAUCUUCUGGAAAAGAAGAGCUGAAGAAGAAUGUGGCAUGUUUGGAACAAAAGGGCAAGGGAAUAAAACGUGAAUCACAAGCCCAAUUGGAGCUGCUCCAGAGCUGUGCAACGCAGUGGCAGGAUUACCAGAAAGCAAGGGAAGAAGUUAUAGAACUGAUGAAUGAAGCUGAAAAAAAAUUAUCUGAAUUCUCUGUGUCCAGAGCUUCUUCUAGCCAAGAAGCAGAAGAAAAAUUAUUAGAACACAAGUCACUGGUGUCUGUAGUGAACUCCUUCCAGGAGAGGAUUACUGCCCUGGAGGAAAGAGCUUCUCAAUUAGAACAAAUUGGAAAUGAUGCCAGCAAAGCAACCAUAAGUAGAUCAAUGACAACCGUCUGGCAGCGGUGGAAUCGUUUAUGCAGUGUCACCAGAGACCAAGAAAACAUUUUGAAAGAUGCAAGGGAUGAAUGGCAAGCCUUCAAUAGCAAGGUCCAAAAAGCUACAGAGAGGAUAGACCAACUACAAGAUAAUUUGCCUGGAAGCUCAGCUGAGAAAGCCUCCAAAGCAGAGCUCUCUGUGCUUCUGGACCAUCAUGACACAUUUGUUCUGGAGGUGGAACAACAGCAAUCAGCUCUUGGUCUGCUAAAACAGCAGGCAGUGAACAUGCUGAGGGAUGUGGAAAUGGAGCCAGCUGCUGGAAAAAAGCCACCUGUCAUGCAAGAAAUCACAGCAAUGCAAGAUCGAUGCCACAACAUUCAGGAGAAGGUGAAGAAGAGUGGUAAAUUGGUAAAGCAAGAGCUCAAGGAGCGGGAAGUUGUAGAAGCUGAGAUUAAUUCAGUGAAGUCAUGGAUUCAGGAAGCAAAGGAGUAUUUGAUGAAUCCUACAAUGGAAAUAGAUGCUCAGCUUGAUGAGCUGCAGGCUUUACUCACAGAAGCAGGAACGCACCGCCAAGCCAUUGAGAAAAUCGCUGAAGAACAGCAGAAUAAGUAUCUGGGUCUCUUUGCAAUAUUGCCCUCUGAGCUCUCUUUGCAAUUAGCAGAAGUAGCUUUGGACUUAGGAGCUACCAAUGAUCAGAUCCAAGCCAAGGUAAAGGAAGGUCAGCAAAGCAAAGCAAUGAACCAAGAAUUCAGCCAGAAAAUUCAAGGAGUAACUAAAGAACUCACCACUAUUUUGACUAAGCUGAAAACCAAGACAAAUAAUUUAGCUCAAGCUAAAAUUGACCAAAAGAUCCUGGGAGAGGAAUUGGACGCCUGCAAUGUAAAGCUGAUAGAGUUAGAUGUGGCAGUACGGGAUUUUACAGAGCAGAACAGCCAACUGGCUAAGAAGCUGUCUAAGAAAAUAGGGAAACUGACUGAGCUGCACCAACAGACAAUCCGGCAGGCUGAGUACCGACUCUCCAAACUCAAUCAGGCAGCUGCACAUCUGGAAGAAUACAAUGAGAUGCUGGAAUUUAUAUUAAAGUGGAUUGAGAAAGCAAAGGUACUGAUACAUGGUAACAUCACAUGGAAUUCUGCCAGUCAGCUUCGAGAUCAAUUCAUUUCCCAUCAGUCCAUGUUGGAAGAGUCUGGAGAAAUCCAUAGUGAUCUGGAGGCCAUGAAUGAGAAGCUUGAAUACCUGGCUAGUGUAUACUGUACAGAAGAAAUGUCCCAGCAGUUGUCAGAACUGGGCCGGGAGACUGAGGAGUUACGGCAAGUUAUCAGAUUGCGGAUGCAGAAUCUCCAGGAUGCUGCCAAGGAUAUGAAAAAGUUUGAAAUAGAGUUGAAAACCCUUCAGAAUGCUUUGGAACAAGCACAGAUGACACUGACAUCUCCUGAGUUUGGACGGCUAAGUCUAAAAGAACAGCUUUCUCAUCGACAGCAUCUGCUGUCAGAAAUGGAAUCAUUGAAGCCUAAAGUUCAGGCUGUGCAAAUCUGUCAAGUUGCACUCCGCAUCCCAGAAGAGAUGGUUACCAGUUUACCCAUAUGCCACACAGCUCUCAGACUCCAGGAGGAAGCCAGUCGUCUACAGCACACAGCUAUCCAGCAGUGUAACAUAAUGCAGGAAGCAGUGGUCCAAUAUGAGCAAUACGAACAAGAAAUGAAGCACCUACAGCAACUGAUAGAGGAGGCCCACCGUGAAAUUCAGGAUAAACCGGUGGCAACUAGUAAUAUCCAGGAACUGCAGGCCCAGAUUUCCCGCCAUGAGGAGCUGGCUCAGAAAAUCAAGGGUUACCAGGAGCAGAUAGCCUCUCUGAAUUCCAAGUGCAAGAUGUUAACAAUGAAAGCUAAGCAUGCCACUAUGCUGCUGACAGUUACUGAAGUAGAAGGAAUGGAGGAUUUGGAUACAGAACUCCUUUCAACACACUCGGCUCAUCCUUCCGUGGUUAUGAUGACUGCGGGUCGCUGCCACACACUGCUUUCACCUGUCACUGAGGAGUCUGGGGAGGAGGGAACCAACAGUGAGAUUUCCUCUCCACCUGCCUGUCGCUCUCCUUCACCUGUGGCUAAUACAGAUGCUUCUGUUAACCAGGACAUUGCUUAUUACCAAGCCUUAUCUGCCGAACAGUUGCAGACAGAUGCUGCCAAGAUUCAACCCAGCACAUCCUCAACCCAAGAGUCCUAUGAACCAGGGCUGGAAUCAACUGCCAGUGCUAAACUGGAUGAUUUGCAGCGUUCCUGGGAAACACUGAAGAAUGUGAUCAGUGAAAAGCAACGAACUCUUUAUGAAGCUCUUGAACGCCAACAGAAAUACCAGGACUCCCUUCAGUCCAUCUCCUCAAAAAUGGAAGCUGUUGAGGUGAAACUGAAUGAAAGUCUAGAACCUGGCAAGAGCCCAGAAAGUCAGAUGGCCGAGCAUCAGGCUUUGAUGGAUGAGAUCCUCAUGUUACAAGAUGAAAUCAAUGAACUUCAGACAUCGUUAGCAGAAGAGUUGGUGUCCGAAUCCCUGGAGAUGGAUGCCGCUGAUCAGUUGGCCUUGCAGUCGACACUCACUGUCUUAGCUGAGAGAAUGUCCACUAUCAAAAUGAAAGCUUCAGGCAAACGGCAGCUGCUGGAGGAGAAAUUGAACGAGCAACUGGAAGAGCAGAGACAAGAACAGGCUCUGCAGAGAUAUCGCUGUGAGGCUGAUGAACUGGACCAUUGGUUAUUGAAUACUAAGGCUACUUUGGAUACCAGUUUGGUUACAUCCGAGGAGCCGAUGGACAUGGAAGAUCAGCUCGUUGACUGCCAGAAUAUGCUGGUGGAAAUCGAACAGAAGGUAGUGGCCUUGUCAGAGCUGUCCGUUCACAAUGAAAACCUGCUCAUGGAAGGAAAGGCUCACACCAAGGACGAGGCAGAGCAUCUGGCGGUUAAACUGAGGACGCUAAAGGGGAGUCUUCUGGAACUGCAAAGAGCCCUGUAUGAUAAGCAGAUCAACAUUCAAGGGACAUCACAGGAGAAGGAGGAAUGUGAAGCAGAGUUAGCAGCCGCACAAAGUCCAAGUGUCCAGGAAUGGUUGGCACAAGCUCGAACAACACGAAGCCAGCAGCAACAGAGCAGUCUCCAGCGACAAAAAGAACUAGAACAAGAGCUUGCAGAACAGAAGAACCUCCUUCGAUCGGUUGCAAGCCGUGGAGAAGAAAUCUUAACCCAACAUACAUCGAUAGAUGGCUCUUCCCUUAGUGAAAAGCCUGAUGUGCUUUCUCAGGAGUUGGGUUCUGAAAGUGAGAAGACCUCCACUGAAGACCAAAUGAGAAUGAAGUGGGAAAGUUUGCAUCAGGAAUUCAGUACCAAGGAAAAACUCCUAAAGGAUGCUUUAGAACAAGAACAAGACCAACUGCUGUACAGCAGACCCAAUAGACUGCUAGCUGGCGUGCCACUCUACAAAGGAGAAGGACAGGCCCAAGAUAAGUCUUCAGUAGCAUCUUUGCUGGAUGGAUUGAACCAGGCAUUUGAAGAGGUCUCAUCCCAGAAUGGAGGGGCAGAGGGGCAAAAUGUUCACUUGGAACAAAAACUAUAUGAUGGUGUCUCAGCUACAUCUACUUGGUUAGAUGAUGUUGAAGAGCACCUCUUUGUUGCUACAGCCCUCUUACCAGAAGAAACAGAAACUUGCCUCUAUAACCAGGAAACCCUCGCCAAAGAUAUUAAGGAGAUGUCUGAAGAAAUGGAUAAGAACAAAAACUUGUUUUCCCAAGCAUUUCCUGAGCAAGGUGAAAAUCGAGAUGUUAUAGAAGAUACUUUGGGUUGUCUUUUGGGGAGAUUAUCCUUGUUGGAUUCUGUGGUAAACCAAAGAUGUCAUCAGAUGAAGGAAAGACUACAGCAGAUACUGAAUUUUCAGAAUGAUCUGAAGGUACUCUUUACCUCACUGGCAGAUAAUAAAUACAUCAUUCUACAAAAACUGGCAGAUGUGGCUGAACAACCUGCAGCAGAACAAAUAGAGGCAAUGCAACAGGCUGAAGAUGGUCUGAAGGAAUUAGAUGCAGUGAUUGUUGAAUUAAAGAGACGUGGUGAUAAACUUCAGGUUGACCAACCAUCCACGCAAGAACUCUCCAAACUCCAGGACAUGUAUGAUGAACUGAUGAUGACCAUUGGCUCAAGACGUAGUGGACUGAACCAAAAUCUGGCACGUAAAAAGCAGUAUGAACGACUGCUCCAGGAUCUUGCUGACCUAUCGGAAACUGGUCAAGAAAAGAUGGCAGGAGGUCAAAAAAUGAUCGUUUCUUCCAAAGAAGAAGUUCAACAAGCCCUUGACAAGCACAAGGAGUAUUUUCAGGGCCUUGAAUCUCACAUGAUCCUGACUGAAACACUAUACAGAAAGAUUAUCAGUUUUGCACUUCCAAAGGAAACCCAGUUCCAUUCAGAAUUGAUGGAUCAGGCAUCUGUGGUGUUGAAACGAGCUCACAAGAGGGGAGUGGAACUGGAGUAUAUUCUAGAGACCUGGUCCCAUCUUGAUGAUGAUUAUCAGGAACUCAUACGACAACUGGAAGCUGUUGAAAGUAGCAUCCCAAGUGUUGGUUUGGUGGAGGAGACAGAGGAAAGGCUAACUGAUAGGAUUGCUCUCUACAUGCGGCUUAAAUCAAGUUUAACUGAAUACCAACCCAAAUUGUACCAAGUAUUGGAUGACGGGAAAAGACUGUUAAUUUCCAUUAGCUGUUCAGAUCUUGAAAGCCAGCUGAACAAGCUUGGAGAACAUUGGUUAAAUAAUACCAACAAGGUUUCCAAGGAAUUGCACAGGUUGGAGACAAUACUGAAACACUGGACAAGAUACCAAAGUGAAUCUGCUGAACUUACUCGUUGGUUGCAAAGUGCAAUGGACAGGUUGGAAUUCUGGUCCCAACAAUCUGUGACAUUCCCACAAGAACUUGAAACGGUCCGAGACCAUCUGAAUGCUUUUUUGGAAUUUUCUAAAGAAGUUGAUGCCAAGUCAUCUCAGAAAUCAGCUGUUUUGAGUACUGGAAACCAACUCCUUCGACUGAAAAAAGUGGAUACUGCUGCACUGCGAUCUGGGCUGUCCCAAAUUGACAGCCAGUGGACGGAACUGCUUACUCAUAUUCCAGUUGUUCAGGAAAAACUGCACCAGCUCCAAAUGGAUAAAUUGCCUUCUCGCCAUGCUAUUGCUGAAGUCAUGAGUUGGAUUUCUCUUAUGGAAAGUGUUAUUCAGCAGGAUGAAGAAAACAUUACAAAUAUAGUAGGCUACAAGGCAAUUCAUGAGUAUCUGCAGAAGUAUAAGGGUUUCAAGAUUGACAUAAAUUGUAAGCAGUUGACUGUUGACUUUGUGAACCAAUCAGUGCUACAGAUCAGCAGUCAGGAUGUGGAGAGUAAACGCAGUGAUAAGACUGAUUUUGCUGAGCAGCUUGGAACGAUGAAUAGACGCUGGCAGAUUUUGCAGGGUUUGGUAACUGAAAAGAUCCAGUUGCUGGAGGGUUUAUUGGAAUCUUGGACAGAAUAUGAUAAUAAUGUGAAGUGUUUGAAAAUCUGGUUUGAAACCCAAGAAAAGAGACUUAAGGAACACCACAGAAUUGGAGAUCAGGCUUCAGUCCAGAAUACGUUGAAAGACUGUCAGGAACUUGAAGAGUUAAUUAAAGCAAAGGAAAAGGAAAUAGAGAAAGUAGAACAGAAUGGACUUUCCCUGGUCCAGAACAAGAAAGAAGGAGCCUCUGCUAUUGUCAUAAAUACCUUAGGAGAACUCAACCACUGCUGGGCAAAUUUGGAUCAUCAGGUUGCACAGUUAAAGAUAUUUUUACAGUCCAUGCUUGAUCAGUGGGGCAUUUACAAAGUAGCUUAUGAUGAGUUGAAUAGUUACCUGAUGGAAGCCAGAUAUUCUCUGUCCCGUUUCCGUCUUCUCACUGGGUCCAUGGAAGCUGUCAAAGUGCAAGUAGAAAACCUCCAGGGCCUUCAAGAUGAACUAGAAAAUCAGGAGAACAGUUUACAGAAAUUCGGCUCUGUGACCAAUCAGCUAUUAAAGGAAUGUCACCCCCCAGUAACUGAAACUCUAACCAAUAUCCUGAAAGAAGUCAACAUGAGGUGGAGUAACUUGCUAGAAGAGAUUACAGAGCAGCUUCAUUCCAGUAAAGCCUUAUUCCAGCUGUGGCAGAGGUACAAAGACUACUAUAAGCAGUGUGCUUCUACGAUACUGCAGCACGAAGAUCGAAGCAAUGAGCUAUUGAAGACAGCUACUAACAAGGAUAUUGCUGAUGAUGAAGUUGCUAUUUGGAUUCAAAAUUGUAAUGAACUCCUAAAAAGCCAGAAGACAGUCCAAGAUUCCCUGUUUGUCCUUCAAGAACUAGGAGAUCAACUCAAGCAACAAGUGGAUUCUUCUGCAGCCUCAGCCAUCCAAUCUGACCGAUUGUCUUUGAGUCAACGCUUGUCAGCCUUAGAACAGGCUCUUAGCAGACAGCAAACUAUGUUACAGACUGGCGUUCUUGACUAUGAGACAUUUUCCAAGAGUCUGGAUGGCCUGGAGGCUUGGAUUGUGGAAGCUGAAGAAGUGUUAACAGAGCAGGACCCCAGCCACUCAUCUGAUCUCUCUGCAAUUCAGGAUAGGAUGGAAGAACUUAAAGGACAGAUGUUAAAAUUCAGUAGCAUGGUUCCAGAUUUGGAUCGUCUAAAUGAGCUGGGAUACCGACUACCCCUGAGUGAUAAGGAAAUCAAAAGGAUGCAGAAUUUGAACAGACACUGGUCCCUCAUCUCUUCUAACACCACAGAAAGAUUCAGCAAAUUGCAGUCAUUCCUGCUGCAGCACCAGACGUUCCUGGAGAAAUGUGAAACAUGGAUGGAGUUCUUGAUUCAGACAGAACAGAAGUUGGCGGUGGAAAUUUCUGGCAAUUUCCAGCAUCUUUUAGAACAGCAGAGGGCACAUGAGUUGUUCCAAGCAGAGAUGUUCAGUCGUCAGCAGAUUUUGCAUUCAAUCAUCAUUGAUGGGCAGCGCCUACUAGAACAAGGACAAGUGGACGACAGGGAUGAGUUCAAUCUGAAGUUGACACUACUCAGCAAUCAGUGGCAGGGAGUGAUUCGCCGGGCCCAACAGAGGAGGGGAAUCAUUGACAGCCAGAUCCGUCAGUGGCAGCGCUAUAGAGAAAUGGCAGAGAAACUUCGUAAAUGGUUGGUGGAAGUCUCUUACCAACCAGUUACAGGUUUGGGAAGUGUUCCUAUCCCACUGCAGCAAGCCAGAACCCUGCUCGAUGAAAUACAGCUCAAAGAAAAAGUUCUCUUACGGCAACAAGGGAGCUACAUUCUAACCGUGGAAGCUGGAAAGCAGCUGCUGCUCUCUGCCGACAGUGGGGCGGAGGAAGCCCUCCAGGCAGAGCUCACUGAAAUCCAGGAUAGGUGGAAGUCAGCCAGCACUCGCCUGGACCAACAGAAGAAAAAGCUUUCCUUUCUCCUCAAAGACUGGGAAAAAUGUGAAAAAGGAAUAGCCGAUUCCCUGGAAAAACUAAGAGCUUUCAAAAAAAAGCUUUCCCAGCCAUUACCAGAUCACCAUGAUGAACUGCAUAUCGAGCAAAUGCGCUGCAAGGAGUUGGAAAAUGCCGUUGGAGGUUGGACUGAAGACUUGACACAUCUGGCCCUUCUGAAGGAGACUUUGUCCACUUACAUCAGUCCUGAUGAUAUUUCCAUCCUCAGUGAACGCAUCGAACUGUUGCACAGGCAGUGGGAAGAGCUGUGUCAUCAGGUCUCCUUACGGCGUCAGCAAGUGAGUGAGAGAUUGAAUGAGUGGGCAGUCUUCAGCGAGAAGAACAAGGAACUCUGUGAGUGGCUGACUCAAAUGGAAAGUAAAGUUUCACAAAAUGGAGACAUCCUUAUUGAAGAAAUGAUAGAGAAGCUCAGGAAGGAUUACCAAGAGGAAAUUGCAGUUGCCCAGGAGAAUAAAAUCCAACUCCAGCAAAUGGGAGAACGACUUGCAAGAGCCAGCCAUGAGAGCAAAGCAUCAGAAAUUGAGUACAAACUUGGAAAGGUGAAUGACAGAUGGCAACAUCUACUAGAUCUGAUUGCAGCCAGGGUGAAGAAACUGAAGGAGACGUUGGUCGCCGUGCAGCAGCUGGAUAAGAACAUGAGCAUCUUGAGAUCCUGGCUCUCCCACAUCGAGUCAGAGCUGUCCAAGCCCAUUGUCUACGAAACCUGCGAUUCUGAGGAAAUACAAAGGAAGCUGAAUGAGCAGCAGGAACUUCAGAGAGACAUAGAAAAACACAGCACUGGUGUUGCUUCUGUUCUUAACCUGUGUGAAGUGCUGCUCCAUGACUGUGAUGCCUGUGCUACAGAAACCGAGUGUGACUCCAUUCAGCAGGCCACCCGCAACCUGGACAGGCGAUGGAGAAACAUCUGUGCAAUGUCUAUGGAAAGGAGACUCAAAAUUGAAGAGACGUGGCGAUUGUGGCAGAAGUUCCUGGAUGACUAUUCUCGCUUCGAAGAUUGGUUAAAGACUGCGGAGAGCACGGCUGCCUUCCCCAGCUCUUCAGGGGUGCUGUAUACGGUUGCUAAGGAAGAGCUAAAGAAAUUCGAGGGCUUCCAGCGACAAGUUCAUGAAAGCCUAACCCAACUGGAACUGAUCAACAAACAGUAUCGUCGUUUGGCCCGAGAGAACCGCACAGAUUCUUCCUGCAGACUAAAACAGAUGGUUCAUGAAGGCAACCAGAGAUGGGACAACCUCCAGAGACGUGUCACAUCCAUCCUGCGCAGGCUCAAGCAUUUUAUUGGCCAGCGUGAGGAGUUUGAAACAGCACGUGACAGCAUUUUGGUCUGGCUAACAGAGAUGGACUUGCAGUUGACCAAUAUUGAACACUUUUCAGAAUGUGAUGUUCAAGCUAAAAUAAAACAACUUAAGGCCUUCCAGCAAGAAAUUUCACUGAACCAAAAUAAAAUUGACCAGAUAAUUGUCCAAGGUGAGCAGCUGAUUGAAAAGAGCGAACCAAUGGAUGCAGCCAUCAUUGAAGAGGAACUGGAUGAGCUCUGGAGGUACUGCCAGGAGGUCUUUGGUCGUGUGGAGCGGUAUCACAAGAAACUGAUACGCCUACCAUUAACCGAUGAUGAGCCCGACCUGUCUGACAGAGAAAUGGAUAUGGACGAAUCAGCAGAUCUUUCCGACCUCCACUGGCCUGACAAAUCCACAGACAAUGUUCUCUCCCCUCAUCCGUCUUCCAACCUGUCCCUCUCCCUUGCCCAGCCUCUCCGGAGUGAGAGGUCGGGACGAGAUACCCCUGCGAGCGUGGACUCCAUCCCCCUGGAAUGGGAUCAUGACUAUGAUCUAAGUCGUGACCUGGAAUCAGCUGUUUCCAGAAAUCUGCACUCAGAGGAUGAAGAAGGUCAAGACGACAAAGAGUUCUAUAUUAAGGGAGCUGCUGGAUUAGCAGAUAUAGUGAUACCUGAAAGCCCCGAUGCCUUUGUAAAACUCACUGAAAAUGCAAUCAGACAUAUCUCUGGGGAGCCAAGCUCCUUAGAAACACACAUCCGACAACUCGACAAAGCCCUAGAUGCCAGCCGUCUCCAGAUGCAGCAGACAGAAAAUAUCAUCCGCAGCAAAACGCCCACCGGUCCUGAGCUGGACUCCAGUUACAAAGGAUACUUGAAACUUCUUGGCGAGUGCAGUGGCAGUAUAGAUGCAGUAAAGAGACUGGGGUUCAAACUGAAAGAGGAGGAGGAGAAGUUCUCUGGUUUUAUUAACCUGGACAGUACGGAAACACAAACAGCAGGUGUGAUUGAUCGAUGGGAGCUGAUCCAGGCUCAGGCACUUAGCAAGGAACUGAGGAUGAAGCAAAACCUCCAGCAGUGGCAGCAGUUCAAUGCCGAUCUGGCCAGCAUUUGGACCUGGCUGGGAGAAACCGGAGAAGAGCUGGAGCAGCUGCAGCGCUUGGAUCUCAGCACAGACAUUCAAACCAUCGAGCUCCGAAUUAAGAAGCUCAAGGAACUUCAGAAAGCAGUCGAUCACCGGAAAGCCAUUAUCCUUUCCAUUAACUUGUGCAGCUCAGAGUUCACCCAGUCUGACAGUGAAGAAAGCAAGGACCUUCAGGAGCGCCUGACCCAGAUGAAUGGACGUUGGGACCGAGUGUGCAGCAUGCUGGAAGAAUGGAGAGGCUCGCUGCAAGACGCAUUAAUGCAAUGUCAGGAUUUCCAUGAGAUGAGCCAUGGGCUGCUGCUUUGGUUGGAGAACAUUGACAGACGAAAAAAUGAAAUUGUGCCCAUCAAUCCAAGCCUGGACUCAGAUACCUUACAGGACCAUCACAAAAUGCUUACGCAAAUCAGGCGUGAGUUGCUGGAGUCCCAACUGAAGGUGGCGUUACUUCAGGACAUGUCCUGCCAAUUGCUGGUCAAUGCCGAAGGCCAGGACUGCUUAGAAGCCAAAGAAAAAGUGCACGUCAUUGGAAAUCGGCUUAAGCUUCUCUUGAAGGAGGUUAGCCACCAUAUUAAAGACCUGGAGAAGAUUUUAGACCUGUCAAGCAGCCAGCUGGAUUUGUCAUCUUGGUCAUCAGCUGAUGAAUUGGACACCUCAGGAUCUGUGAGCCCUGGAUCUGGAAGGAGCACCCCCAACAGACAGAAAACGCCACGGGGCAAAUGUAGUGUCUCACAGCCUGGACCCUCUGUCAGCAGUCCACAUAGCAGGUUCCAAGAGAGCAAUAUUCAGGGAUCACAUAGAAGAAGAGGAAUCACAAUCUAAGACCAGAAGCAGCUCUAACCUGUUGUCCUUUUCUCGACUUGUUGGAAGAAUAAAGGCUACCAAUUUCAGGCCGAUAAACACAUUUUUACUAGCAAUGCUUAUCAGUCUGCCCCACUUGCUCACCCGCCCACAGUCUCCCACAGAAAUCCCUUUCUGCAGGACUGAGCAGGUGGUUCACUCCUCAUCUCAGCCGUGCUUUGCAGCUUUGGGACCAACCCACGUUCUAACAGCGCCCUCCUCGAAAUGCACCUUUCAGAUUGCCUCUCCCCGCCCGCUGCCCUCCCCCCAGCACUGUGUAUUAACAUAUCUCUUAGCAGUCCAGUACAAUGUUCAAUUUGCGACUCAGACAAGCAUGGAAUACAAAUGAGCUUCUUCUGAAUGGUAAACUUCAUCAAAUCCACCAGGCAGACAGGUUAUGGUUAAUGUGUAAUGUGUUUUUUAACUCCUUGGUGCCGGGGUUUUUUGCUGUACUCUGUGCCUGCAAGGAAUGCUGCGGGUGAAAAAUCUGAUUUCCACUGGGAAAGGAGUAACUCAUUAAAUUGUUCAAGCUGUCACCACGAGCUGUCGUGGUGAUUCUUUUAAUGGUCAACAUCAGAGUACUUUGUGUUUGAUCUUACAAUGGAUCAGCUAACCGGUGAGGUUAGAGGAUAAUGAGGCAGCCCCAUAAAUUAGAAAUGUUGAACCUCACAAGUCUGGAAUAAAAAGUUUAAAACCCUUAUUGGGUAAGGUGGUUAAAGGGGGGGGGAAAGUCUUUUAGAUGUGUUUUAUACCACUGUAUACUGCAAUUUGGUGUUACAGUAACUCAUCUUUGUUAGUUUAUUUAACAUGGUAUUAAACAGGCCCUAGCUAUGUAGAGGAAGAUAUAAAGCUGUGAUUCCAAGUGAGUACGUGCAAGACAUGCCCCUCUUCCUUUAUUACUCGUGAGAAGAUUAGCGCCCAGGCUACUCAGCUUCUGAGUCCUCAGAAAAUAUACACACACCUAAUUUUUGAAAGAUGAUUUUUUAAAAAUCAGGCCUUUUGUAAGCAUUGUGGCAUUGUGGCUAAUGUCCUGAUCAACUUAUGUUGUCUCCCUUGGAUUGCUCAUAUCAAGUCCUGCCGCCACAAAUUGUAUAAGCAUUUCUUUGCCUCCCCCUUUCAGAUAGUGAUUUUCUGCUCUCCACCACAUUUGCAUAAAUUGACAGUUAAAAUCCAGCUGAAUACAUUUCCAUUUUUCAGGGAAAAUAAGCAUUAGACAGAACAGUAAAUAAUUCAUUAGCCUUUUUCCAUAAGUAAUUGGAUUUUGGUACCUAGCAACUCUGCUUUCUCCAGCAUCUAGUUCCAUGAUAUGAGCAGUGUUAAAGUAAAGGGACUGAGCGAGGGAAAAGAUUUUCCUCAUCCUUGUUCCCUGCAGACAAGGCUAGGAGCUUAACAUCCGAUUCCCAAUUGGCCUCUUUGACAUUAAGAAAAAAAGAUAAAAAGGAACGGAGCGGCGAUCCAAUUUAGAUGGCAAAAACUUUUGGCGUGGUUUAAAAUGCAGGUGAACAUAGACAGCUGUUCAUGCUAAGGAGGAAACAAUCUAGUGUAUCUCUGUUUUGCUCUUUAAUAUCCAUUCCAGUUGGUUAGAAGCUGACAGAUGAGUAAGUUUACCCAACAUCUAGGUCCGUUUAGGGGCACAGUAACUCCCGGACUAGGGUCCAAGUGGUGGUGGUGGUUAUAGUAAUGGUAAUAAUAGUGUCUGUUAAACUGGUGAAUUGGAGGGAGUGACCUGUACAGAGACUUUGGAAAGAUAAUGGGAAUAAGUGCAGUAGUGCAGCAAAAUCCAGUCUUUCCAUGCAUGUGAUGUAAAAAGGACUGUCGACUAUGCAUUGGUUCUAUUAGUCACACUGAUACACAACAAUAAAAAUCUCCCUGUCAGUAACAUCCUGAAGAACAGCAAGUGUUAAAUAAUAUCUAGAGCUAUCCUUUGAGGAUGAAGCUGUUGAGAGUGGACUUUUAUCAGUGUGUGUAAGUUUGGAGGUGAUCGAUAGCUCAUCCUCUAGGCUGGAAGCUUGUUCUGGUCUGGGAAUGUGUCUGUUAUAUGGUUAUAGUGUUCUUUCCCAAGUGCUUAGUACAGUGCUCUGCAACCAAUAAGCACUCAGUAAAUACAGUUGAUUGAUCGAUGUCACCAACAAUACCCUGGCAGAUGGGAUGCAUGUAAAGUUUUCUUUUUGCACUGUUGCAUUUAAUAAUUAUUGUUGUAUUUAUUAAGGGCUUACUAUGUG